CUGGGCGCUGAUGGCCUAUCCUACCUUGAAAUGGAUCAUCUACAACACCUCAACACUGGUGCGGUGUGCGCCUCGGCACACAUCUCCGCCCAACUGAAUGAGCACCUGAAGGACCCCUGUGCAAUGUCAGUCCACUUUAGUAGCUUCUGUCUGCAGGAACGAGUGCCCAAAAUGUUCGAGUUGCUGUCACGGCGUUUUCGCGCCACUAAUUGGCUUGACCACACUCGAAUUCUGACUCUCGUCAAUAUGAUCACUGCCGGGGAUUGGUCGGCCAACUCGGUCUCAUGCGAUGGUAAGCAUUCCUAG